CACAAAACCUAGGGUUUCCAUCUAGGAGAGAAAGCGAGCAGGUAGGCUAGGGUUUUGGGUUGUCUCUCUCUCUCAGAGCAGAAAUGGUAAAGUUCCUCAAGCAAAACAAGGCCGUCGUCGUCCUCCAGGGGCGUUUCGCCGGUCGGAAGGCGGUGAUUGUCCGCUCUUUCGACGACGGAACCCGCGAUCGGCCGUAUGGGCACUGCCUUGUCGCCGGAAUUGCCAAGUACCCGAAGAAGGUGAUCCGGAAGGACUCUGCGAAGAAGACGGCGAAGAAGUCGAGAGUGAAGGCCUUCAUCAAGCUCGUCAACUACAACCACCUGAUGCCCACUCGCUACACCCUGGACGUGGAUCUCAAGGACGUAGUCACCGUCGACGCACUUCAGAGCAGGGACAAGAAGGUGACGGCGGCCAAGGAGACCAAGGCCAGGUUCGAGGAGCGGUUCAAGACUGGGAAGAACAGGUGGUUCUUUACCAAGCUCAGGUUCUGAGGUCUUAAGGCUUUCUUUGCUAUGAACUCAAAUCGGACUUGUUAUGUUUUAGGGAUUCUGUCUUUUUGAUGUGUUAUUUUUAAGAUGAUGGAGAUGGAGUUUAGUUUCUGUUUUGAAUUUGGUUCAAUAUUGGUUAAAUCUAAUAUGGUUGCGAUUUCGAGUUUAUUUGGUUUUGUUAA